AUGUAUCUGCACAAAUCUGGAGCGCAGAAGAGGAAAGAAAAGAGAGAACGAGAGCAAGAGGAGGAAAAACUGAAAAAGAAGAAUCCAUUAAUGAAGUAUGUUAAAAAGGAAAAACAUACGGAGCAAACAACUAUGAUGCAGACUGACUCUGAGGAAGAUGAAGUACAUCAUCAAGAACCAGAAAAGGAGAUCGCUUUCUGCAGCACAUCUAACACAACUGACCCUGAAGUUCUAGUUGAACCGUUACAAGAAGAGAUGGAAGCUCCAAGCAGCGUUUCUAACACACAGGAAAUUGUACAGGAAGAAUUGGAUUGGAAAGAUCCAGCUCUGUGGCCAGAUGUUCUGAAAGACAAAGACCGGGAAAAAAUUGUGAUUGGUGGGCUAAGAAAAGAGGAGGAACUAAAAGAAAUGAUUAAAGGUAUGGAUAAAGAUUAUAAAGAACAAUCCUUUAGUGAGUUCCUCAUAUAUUCAAAGUCAUCUAAUGGACGAGAGAGACAUAUUCGGGACUGA